UAUUGCUCACUUAUAAACCCAUGAUCUUCCACGAAAUUAACCAACGUGGGACUCACUCUCAAUAAUUCUCAACAUGCCCCAUUGGCUUAGCGGAAAGGGAAGGACUGUCAGGCCGUAUGCCUAUGGAUACAGAUUUUUUUGAAAAAGUACGGGCUGACUCGGAAGCUUGGGACCUUGGCUUCGUCUUUUAAAAAAAUGUUGUAAGUGACAAAUGCGUGAACAAUCGAGAUUUCGUUAGAUUUUACGCUUUUUCUUUAUUGUGUUUUGUGAAGUUUUUAUGAUGAAACAAGAAUAUAUAUGGAAUAUUAUGUGUCCAAAAAGCUGAAACACAUGCGCCUCUCUUUUGUUUUAUUUUGAAGUUCCCAAUCAAAAUAAGCAUCUGAAUCACUUCAAUCACAUCCUCCCCCUCGCAGAUAGCCAUUUGAAAUGAUACCAUAAACCAACCCAACAACUCCUCUUUGAACUGACCACUCUCCCAAAUCCAACUACACACCUCAACAAUGCUCUGUUUCUUCCCACACUCUCUGUUUCUUCUUCUUCUUCUUCUUCCUCUGUUUUCACUUCCCUCUGCUAAUGUUGCAGCACCCAAUUCCAUGCUUCCCUUUGAAGCUGAGACUCUUUUCAAGAUCAUGGAGUCCUUGUCCUCAGAUCAAAACUGGCGGCUCUCUCACCCCAACCCUUGUCAGCCAGGCGCCUCAUGGCCUGGCUUGGAGUGCAUAUCAGCUCCCAAUAACAGUCAUCUCCUUCAUGUCUCAAGGCUUGACUUUGCCUUCUUGAAUUCCUCCUUACAACAGCUUAGCUUCCGAUCCAACCCGGCGCUUGUCGGUCCUAUCCCGCCUCGACUUUCUUCCCUUAAGUACUUGAAGAUCCUCACAUUGUCUCAGAACCGCCUUUCCGGGACGAUUCCGCCUCAGAUUUUCGGCUUGGUGUCCUUGCUGCACCUUGACUUGAGCUACAAUUUGCUCACAGGCACCAUACCAAUUCAGUUGGGUAAGCUCAGAAGCCUUGAAGGACUGGACUUGAGCUAUAAUUCACUCACUGGACCAAUCCCAACCUCAAUUGGCCAACUGGGUCUGCUUCAAAAACUUGACUUGAGCUCCAAUUCACUCACAGGCAACAUCCCUGAUACUAUUGAGAAGGUGAAUUCAUUGGUGUUUUUGGCCUUGAGCAGCAACCAACUUGGUGGGCACUUCCCAAAAGGAUUGGAAAAGUUGCAGAACUUGCAAUACUUCAUCAUGGAUGACAAUCCAAUGCAAAUUCCUCUGCCAUUAGCUGUUGGUAAACUAAUGAAACUUCAAGAACUCAGGCUUGCAAGCUGUGGCUAUUCUGGCAUCAUUCCACCAAGUUUUUCACUCCUGAAAAACUUGACCACUUUAUCACUGCAAAACAAUCAUUUAAGUGGCCAAAUCCCUGUUGGAUUCAGUGGUCUUUCUCAUAUAUAUCACUUGAAUCUCAGCAGAAACUCCCUCACAGGCGCUGUGCCUUUCAACUCAAGCUUCUUGAAAAGGCUGGGCAAGAACUUGGAUCUCAGUGGCAAUCCAGGUCUUUGCUUUAGCCCUUCUGAACCCACUGCCCAGAAAUUUGGUGUCAAUGUCUGUGGAAGCAAUCAGGAAGAUGGCUCAUUCAUCCAACCAAUGAACGAAUCUCCUGCUAAAUCAAGCUUCUGUAAUCCUUUUGCUUUUGUUGUUUGUUUGUUUUUGCAUCAUUUAAUCUUCCAUUAUGCUCUCAUUCUUGUUUAAAUUGAUUCAUUCUGCUU